GUAGAUUAUUAAUAAUAAUGGAUUCAACUACAAAGGGCCACAUUGUGGUCAAUUACUGUGGAGGUUGAGGAUACCUUCCGAAAGCCCGUUACGUACAAGAGGCUGUCGAAAAUAGAUUCCCAGGAGAUUUCUCCUUUGAUCUCAAAGCUGAUGUAGGCAAGACCGGAAGACUUGAGGUUACAGUUUUCGUUGGUGAUGAUACCGAAGGAAAGCUUGUCCACUCCAAGGAUAAAGGUCAAGGCUUCGUCAAAGAUUCAAACGUUGAUUCAGUACUUGAUUCAAUCGCCGCUCUCUUAGAGUAAAUCAUGAGCUCUAAGAGCUAAAGGCUGAAGGUAGUAGAUAUUCUCCCAGGUAGCCAGUAUCCUUUUCAUGAUGUCUUCGAUACAGAAACUUAUGGACUGUUGAAGACUGAAACAAAAGAUUUUACUGUCUCUUUUGAGAGGAAAGUACUCCUCUGGAGUGCUUUUUGUUCAGGUGUGAGAAUACAUGAACCCUGAGGCUUCCCAAAUAGAUAUUCAAAUGUUAAAGUUACU